AUGGGCUCUCCCGUGCAUUUGGGUAAAGGGCCCAGGAGCGGGCAGCGGGUACAGGAAAAGGCGCCACCGAGCUGCUCUUCACUGCCCUCCCCGGCCCAGGCGUCUGCAAGGCUGGAGCGGCCUCCCCAGGCUCUGCCACGUCUCCAGGUCGGGCAGGGCUGGGCUAAGGUCAGCGGGCGCCCGCCCGGCUCCCUUCGGGCCCUCUCGCUGGAAGGUGGGGCCAGAAGCCCAGUGGGGGUGCCGGGCCCCAUCUCCGGAGUAGAGAGAACGGCCUCGACUUGGCCCCCCAACGGACAACCACACUGCAACCUCGGCGUGGAGGCACUGCACCCCCCCCCCAAGGAAUCUGCCCUCACCUGGCCCUGCCCACACCCACGCCCGGCCCCCACGCCGCCGCCGCCGCUGCGCCCCGAAAAGGCCCCCCCGCAUCCCCGGGCGCCGGCCCGCCCACCUGGCCAGGAGGGCAACCCUCGGCGCACGCCUGGUCCCCGCAUCGGAUUCCCCACCGCCCCGCGUGCACGGGAUGCUGCCAGGCUGACGCUCACCUGGGAGGGGAGGGAACCCCAAGAGUCUCUGGGUGGCAGUGCUGAGAAGUCGCGCAAGGGGGGAGGCCGGGGUGGAGGAGCCCAAGUAACACCGAAGAGAAGACGAGACGCAGGUAGGAGCGCCCCGCACGACCCCGCCUCCAAGAUGGCCACCGGACGCGCAUGCCCCUGUAGCUGCCACGUCGCGCGCCUCGCCCCGCCCCGGCACAACGCCCCGCCCCUGAGCGGCGUCCUGCCUCGACCCGGCACCUAG